AUGACUGACUCGUUGCGACAAUGCGAGUUGCCCUCCGGCCUCCUCUCUCCCUUCUCCACACCCCAGAAGGGCUUGCCGGUGCUCCCCGGCGUUGAGCUGCCUCACACAUGGUGCUUUUGCGGCAACCCUAUCUCCACGACACCCGCUUCGUCAUCUCGUUCCAUUGCGUCGACUGCCUCUGAGGAUGAAGAUGAGGAAGGUCCAAUCUACUGUUCAAGAGCGUGUGCUCGCGCCGAUGCUCUCUCCGCCCUGAUGGCCAGCAGCAAGUUUUCGGGCACGAACGCAACUUCCAUCGACAUGGUACCUAGUCUCAGCACAAGCAGCACAAGCUCCAACACGAGCCAGGGGCCCGUGACCCCCUGCAAUUUGCCCAUGGACCUGCCCGACCUCGGCGCUCACUACUCCGAACACGAAGGUCUCGAACACCGCAAGCUUCAACAGGGUGCCGUUGCCGCAUCAGACAACAGCAAUGUGAGAGCCAGCAAAGCUCGCAUCGUGGCGCGCGCAAGUGCUGCGCUCAGCAAGAUGUAUCCAGAGCUCCAAUUCGACGUCGACGUCAUCGGUGAAGAUACCAAGCUUCGUCUUAGCCAGCCUCUCCCGGCCAAGUCUCUGCCGAGCUUGCCGUUUGAUCUUCAAGCUGCUAGUCAUUACCGCCGUGUUCAAGCUCUUCGACCGGUAGCAGAGUACAGCCCCUCCGUUCGCACGCGCUCCAGCUCAUUCAGCUCAGACACCUCCGACGAUCGUAGCGAUUGCUCCUCGUCUCGACAGUGCCCCACCUCAGCCUACCACGCAGAAGAAGUUGAACAACAACAAUUCGUCUCCACUCUCGGCUAUGUCCGGGACUCCGUCUACAGCCCGGUUCACUCGUCGCCAGAACGCGAGCAAGCGCGCCUCCGCGCUCUCGGUGCGCCCGCUCUUGCCAGGGCUAGGCACGCACUGAAGGACGCACACACCACUGAAGAGCUCCCGCAGCGUCAGUACAGACCUACAGAGAGCCUUGAAUUGGCCAUGUCCAACAUUGCUCGCCUCAACCGAGCGUGUCACGGUCAUUCUAACAGCGAUGCGAGCGACCUCAGCUCCAUGACGGCAUCUACGGACACGAGUUUCAACUCUGCGCUGACCUCGGAGGAUGCGGAUGCACAGUCUAGCGGCACUAGAAGCAGAUCAACCUCUGUCAACACCAUUGAGCGUCCGACGCUCUUCUGCGCGAACCCCGAUGAACCUCUUAGUCCCAAUGUCAAGCUUCGCGACGACAUUGCCGCACUCGAUCGCGAGCUCAAUCGUCAUGUUGCCGACGCUUUCGAAUUUUGGUCCGACCUUGAAGAGGAGUCAGAAGGGCCAAGAGGCAUGUACGAGGUGGACGACCGUCAGACGUGGGGCCACGACAAUCCACUAGGGUUUGACCGUCACGGACGUGGGACACCGUCGGCUUUCGAGCACGCAUACGGCGGCAACGUCAACAGCCUUGGACUUGAUCUUGGCUCCGUCGCCAUCGGCUCGGCCAAGCUUCCAGAGUGUGAAGCUUUCUCUGAUCCGCGCACCAGCCAUUGCGCACCUCUACAGUCGUCGGUGCUCUCCGAUGCGACGCGUCGCGACGGACCUCUUACACCUCGCCGUGGCUCUUCUCGCAUGCUGGAAGCUCCUCUGCCUUCCCAGCCUUUGCGCUUCCUCUCUCCACCGUUCCAAUCCGUGUUUGAGCCCGAAUCUCCCUUGCUCCCUACGCAGGGAAUCAGCAAGACGGCUCAAGCAGCCAACAGCGUGACGAACGCAUUCAACUCCAUGAUGCGCAAAGACUCUUUUCAAUCCAUCAAGACCAAGAGCGCUUCUGGGCUCGGUCUUCAGCAUACGUGCAAGGAAGAUGCGCAGGCGGAUAAGCUCAUCAAAAGACUCGACAAUGCUUUGCGCUCUCGUCUGAGCAGCCUUCGUUCUCCUCCGCCUGCUCCUAAAGCUGAGCUUAGGUCCCUCAGUCCAAUCGGCAACAUGCCUCCAAAGCUGACGCACAAGCGCAGCAAGAACCUCUUCGGUCUCGUAGCCUAG